AUGAGAAUUUUAGGUCAAAUUUUUUACUCUUUUUCACCCACUCUAUUUCUUUCUCUCUAUUUCUUUCUUUCUAUUUCUUUCACUCUAUUUCUUUCUCUCUAUUUCUUCACUAUUUCUUUCUCUCUAUUUCUUCACUAUUUCUUUCUCUCUAUUUCUUCACUAUUUCUUUCUCUCUAUUUCUUUACUCUAUUUCUUUCUCUCUAUUUCUUCACUCUGUCUAUUUCUUUCACUCUAUUUCUUUCUCUCUAUUUCUUCUCUCUAUUUCUUCUCUCUAUUUCUUUCUCUAUUUCUUUCUCUCUAUUUCUUUCUCUCUAUUUCUUUACUCUAUUUCUUUCUCUCUAUUUCUUUCUCUCUAUUUCUUUCUCUCUAUUUCUUUACUCUAUUUCUCUCUAUUUCUUCCUCUUUUUUUUCUCUCUAUUUCUUCACUCUUUUCUUUCUCUCUCUAUUUCUUCCUCUUUUUCUCUCUAUUCUUUCUCUCUUUUCUUUCUCUCUAUUUCUUCACUCUAUUUCUUCACUCUAUUUCUUCACUCUAUUUCUUUCUCUCUAUUUCUUCACUCUAUUUCUUUCUCUCUAUUUCUUUCUCUCUAUUUCUUCACUCUAUUUCUUUCUCUCUAUUUCUUUCUCUCUAUUUCUUUACUCUAUUUCUUUCUAUUUCUUCUCUCUAUUUCUUUCUCUCUAUUUCUUUCUCUCUAUUUCUUCACUCUAUUUCUUUCUCUCUAUUUCUUUCUCUCUAUUUCUUUACUCUAUUUCUUUCUCUCUAUUUCUUUACUCUAUUUCUUUCUCUCCAUUUCUUUACUCUAUUUCUUUCACUCUAUUUCUUUCUCUCUAUUUCUUUCUCUCUAUUUCUUUCUCUCUAUUUCUUUCUCUCUAUUUCUUUCUCUCUAUUUCUUUCUAUUUUUUCACUCUAUUUCUUUCUCUCUAUUUCUUCACUCUAUUUCUUUCUCUCUAUUUCUUUACUCUAUUUCUCUCUAUUUCUUCACUCUUUCUUUCUCUCUAUUUCUUCACUCUUUCUUUCUCUCUAUUUCUUUACUCUAUUUCUCUCUAUUUCUUCACUCUUUCUUUCUCUCUAUUUCUUCACUCUUUCUCUCUAUUUCUUCACUCUUUCUCUCUAUUUCUUUCUCUCUUUCUCUCUAUUUCUUUCUCUCUAUUUCUUUCUCUCUAUUUCUUUACUCUAUUUCUUUCUCUCUAUUUCUUCACUCUUUCUCUCUAUUUCUUCACUCUAUUUCUUUCUCUCUAUUUCUUUACUCUAUUUCGUCACUAUUUCUUUCUCUCUAUUUCGUCACUCUAUUUCUUUCUCUCUAUUUCUUUCUCUCUAUUUCUUUCACUCUAUUUCUUUCUCUCUAUUUCUUUCUCUCUAUUUCUUUACUCUAUUUCUUUCUCUCUAUUUCUUUCUCUCUAUUUCUUUCUCUCUAUUUCUUUCUCUCUAUUUCUUUACUCUAUUUCUUUCUCUCUAUUUCUUUACUCUAUUUCUUUCUCUCUAUUUCUUUCUAUUUUUUCUUUUCUUCUCUAUUUCUUUCUCUCAAUUUCUUUCUCUCAAUUUCUUUCUCUCAAUUUCUUUUUCUUUCUCUCUCUAUUUCUUUCUCUCUAUUUCUUUACUCUAUUUCUUCCUCUAUUUCUUUCUCUCUAUUUCUUUCUCUCAAUUUCUUUUUCUUUCUCUCUAUUUCUUCCUCUCUUUUUCUCUUUUCUUCAAUUUCUUUCUCUCUAUUUCUUUCUCUCUAUUUCUUCUCUCAAUUUCUUUCUCUCUAUUUCUUUCUCUCUAUUUCUUUCUCUUUCUUUUCUUUUUCCUCUAUUUCUUUCUCUCUAUUUCUUCACUCUAUUUCUUUCUCUCUAUUUCUUUACUCUAUUUCUCUCUAUUUCUUCACUCUUUCUUUCUCUCUAUUUCUUCACUCUUUCUUUCUCUCUAUUUCUUCACUCUUUCUCUCUAUUUCUUUCUCUCUAUUUCUUCACUCUAUUUCUUCACUCUAUUUCUUUCUCUCUAUUUCUUCACUCUAUUUCUUUCUCUCUAUUUCUUUUCUCUCUAUUUCUUCUCUUUCUCUCUUUCUUUACUCUAUUUCGUCACUAUUUCUUUCUCUCUUUUCUUUCUCUCUAUUUCUUCCUCUUUUCUUUCUCUCUAUUUCUUUCUCUCUAUUUCUUUCUCUCUAUUUCUUUCUCUCUAUUUCUUUCUCUAUUUCUUUCUCUCUAUUUCUUCACUCUAUUUCUUUCUCUCUAUUUCUUCACUCUAUUUCUUUCUCUCUAUUUCUUCACUCUAUUUCUUUCUCUCUAUUUCUUCACUCUAUUUCUUUCUCUCUAUUUCUUCACUCUAUUUCUUUCUCUCUAUUUCUUCACUCUAUUUCUUUACUCUAUUUCUUUCUCUCUAUUUCUUUACUCUAUUUCUUUCUCUCUAUUUCUUUACUCUAUUUCUUUCUUUCUAUUUCUUUCUCUCUAUUUCUUCACUCUUUCUAUUUCCUUCUCUCUAUUUCUUCACUAUUUCUUUCUCACUCUUUCUUCUCUCUAUUCCUUCCUUCCUUCCUUCCUUUUUUGUUUCAAUAG